AUGAAGACAUUUAGCAGCCUAAAUUUUAUUGUUACUGCCCCUGUGAAACUUGACCUUAGCUUUGGAGCAGCACACUUUCUGGUGCUUGUUGCAGCUACAUUAGUUGUACUGUUCCGAAAUCCUGAAGUGAAGUUAUUGCCACAACUACAGCGUGACAGUUUUGUGACCGGGCGUUCACAGCCAAAUUUGUUUUGUCUCUAUAGAAAUGGAGCUUUACUGGGCUCUGUAACUCUGUGCCUGAUCAGACGUUUUCAGAUUUUGUUCAAUGUGUUGGGUGUGCUUGUGCGAAUUGUGGCUACAUCGUGCAAACCUUUGCAGCAAGACAACGUGGAAAUAUUUGUGACUGCAAAUACCCCUGAUAACAAGCCAAACCCCAACCAGAUCAAUGUAAAUAAUGUCAAACCAGGAGUGGUAAAUGGUACUGGAGUACAGGCACAGAACACGGGAGCAGGACGGGCCUGUGAAAGCUGUUAUACCACACAGUCUUACCAGUGGUAUUCUUGGGGUCCCCCUAACAUGCAGUGUCGCCUCUGUGCAUCCUGUUGGACGUACUGGAAGAAAUACGGUGGCUUGAAAAUGCCAACACGGUUAGAUGGGGAGAGACCAGGACCAAACCGCAAUAAUUUGAGUCCUCAUGGUGUGCCAGUACGAAACAGCGGGAGUCCCAAGUUUGCUAUGAAGACACGACAAGCUUUCUAUCUCCAUACAACAAAACUGACAAGAAUUGCCAGACGAUUAUGUCGAGAUAUCUUGCGCCCUUGGCAUGCUGCAAGACAUCCCUAUCUGCCUAUUAACAGCGCAGCAAUCAAAGCAGAAUGCACAGCACGUUUACCUGAGGCAUCAGAAAACCCAUUGCUAUUAAAGCAAGUGGUUCGAAAGCCUUUAGAAGCAGUACUCCGGUAUUUAG